CUAAUCAAAGAUCGAUCAAUUGAGACUAAAGCAAAACCCCUUUCCCUCCCCCCAUCUAUAUUAAAAACACUCAAAAGAAAUGAAUCCUCUACUCUCCACAUUCCCUAUCCUCCUCUUCGUCUCGAUCUGCUGCAGCCUGACACGGGGGCAGUCCCCGGCGCCCGCCCCAGCCCCAGCGGGCCCCACGAACGUGACAGCCAUCCUCGAGAAGGCCGGACAGUUCGGCACAUUCAUCCGCCUCCUACAGAACACCAAAGUAGCAGACCAGAUAAACAUGCAGCUCAACAGCUCCAAGCAAGGCGUGACCCUCUUCGCCCCCACUGACCGCUCCUUCUCCGACCUCAAGGCCGGGACCCUCAACUCCUUCACUGACGAGCAGAAAGUGGAGCUCAUGCAGUUCCACGUCCUCCCUUCCGUGUUUUCCACCUCACAGUUCCAGACCGCCAGCAACCCCAUACGCACCCAGGCUGGGGGCUCCCAGGGCUCCUACCCGCUCAACGUCACCGUAUCGGGCAACCAGGUCAACAUAACUACCGGUGUCACCAAUGCCACGGUGGCCGGUACCGUUUACACUGAUUCCCAGCUCGCCGUCUACCAGGUUGACCACGUGCUGCUUCCUCUCAGCUUUUUCGUGACUCCGUCACCGGCUCCUUCGCCUUCCACCCACAGAAAGGCACCGGACUCGCCCUCGGGAUCUGAUGCCACUCCUGAUUCCUCCAAUGCAAACGUUAUUACUACAAAGAUGGUCGCCUGUGGGAUCCUAUUCUUGGCGGCAUUCGCAUGAAGAUUAGUUUAAUAACUUGAUGCUCAGCUACAAGAUUUCUAUUGAGUAGCACAAGACAGUCAUUUUUUUGCUGUAUUUUUUUCUUUGAAUAAGGACUACAGCCUACAUUAAAUAGCAAUAUUAUUAUAUCUGCAAAUAUUUUCAUA